UCACAGCUUGCAAAUGCGCACUCAGUAACAACGUUCAUCCUUCGACAACUUGGAUGUAAAGGAUCCGAUUAAAAAAAAAAAGAAUUUUGUAUUAUUUGGGACAUAUACUUGCGCUACAUUUUAAACCGAGCACAAAGUGGACUGGAGCGUAUUAACACUGUUUGCCCGCCCUGCUUUUGGGGUGAUUGGUGCCUGUCGGAGGCUGUGCACUCUUGGUCCUUGCCAAUAAUUCCGUAUGCUUGAAAGAACCUUUUACAGGAUGGAUGAUGUGGAACUAAAGAGACUUGUGUAUCAACAUCAAUACUCUGCAUUCUGUUGCGGUGUUCAGUGUUUUUCCAUUGACAAGAGAACACCUCCCAUUUUGCACCCCCAGUCCCUGCACUAUAUAUAUAAAGACAGUCUUUGAGCAAUCAAAGGGACAGCACAAGAUAGAUUUCAGUUUAGCCUUUUUGUUUUUGACUACAGGCUAAUACCACCUAGCCAAGCCUAUUGGGCAGUCAUGGAAGUAAGCUUAUUUUAAUUUUUAUUUACUGUACCCUCUUACUUUAAGCCCGGGUGGUGGGAUGUCGGAAAAGCCAGACGAAAAAAUGGUGAAGUUCCUAGCCCCCCCUCAGAGAAGUGGAAAUGGCCCCAGUUCUGGUUCAGAUUCGAUGAUGGGUGAUUCCCGGCCGGUGGAAGUGAGACGUCGACAUCACACCAUGGAGCGAGACCGAUGUAACCCUGAACACCGUUUUUUACGUCGAAGUGUCAUCAGUGAUUCCAAUGCCACAGCACUGGCCCUUCCUUUACCCAGCAAAAUCCCCAUCCCAUUACCUCCACAAGUUCAACCGCAGGAAUUGGUCCCUCCGGAGCACAAGGCUGCUGCUACUCCCUUACUGAAGGCUGAACCCAGAAGCGAUCAAAGUGAGAAGUCUGCUGAUAAUGGUAGAGAAAAACAACAGGGGAAAGAAAUUGAGAUUGCCAAGGUAGACGUUUUGGGACAACAGUCUGCUGUUGUGCAAGACGUUAGAGAUGGAGAAAUGUUGAUUGAAGCUCGCACUGCGCCAUGUUUGGAGGCACAUUUGCCUAGUCACAGAGAAUCUGAGAGUGUCAUUGAGGUAAAGGUUUCUCUUGAGAAUGAGGGGGAGGAGGAGGAUAAGGACUCUGCCAGGGCACGAGCCGAGGCAGAGCAAAGAGAAGCUGAGAAAAGGGUCCAGGAUGACAUCGAGGAGGCAGAAACCAAAGCAGUGGGAACAUCACCAGACGGACGGUUCCUGAAGUUUGAUAUAGAAAUCGGACGUGGUUCUUUCAAGACGGUCUACAAAGGCUUGGACACUGAAACCACGGUGGAGGUGGCAUGGUGUGAGCUGCAGGACCGUAAGCUGUCGAAGACAGAGCGGCAGCGCUUUAAGGAGGAAGCGGGGAUGUUAAAGGGACUACAACAUCCCAACAUUGUUCGCUUUUAUGACUCCUGGGAGGGACCUUCCAAAGGAAAGAAGUGCAUUGUUCUGGUUACAGAGCUGAUGACCUCUGGUACACUCAAAACAUAUCUGAAGCGGUUCAAGGUGAUGAAAAUCAAAGUGCUGCGCAGCUGGUGUCGACAAAUCCUCAAAGGACUCCACUUCCUUCACACUCGGGCUCCGCCGAUCAUCCACAGAGACCUCAAAUGUGACAACAUCUUCAUCACAGGCCCAACAGGAUCUGUUAAGAUUGGAGACCUGGGACUGGCCACCCUGAAGCGCGCAUCCUUCGCUAAGAGUGUUAUAGGUACCCCUGAGUUCAUGGCGCCUGAGAUGUAUGAGGAGAAGUACGACGAGUCAGUGGAUGUUUAUGCCUUUGGAAUGUGCAUGUUGGAGAUGGCCACCUCCGAGUACCCGUACUCAGAGUGCCAGAACGCUGCACAGAUCUACCGCAGAGUUACCAGCGGGGUGAAACCGGGCAGCUUCGACAAGGUGGCCAUUCCUGAGGUUAAGGAAAUCAUUGAGGGUUGCAUACGUCAGAACAAAGAUGAGAGGUACUCCAUCAAAGAUCUCCUAAACCAUGCCUUCUUCCAAGAGGAUACUGGCGUACGUGUGGAGUUGGCUGAAGAGGAUGAUGGGGAGAUGGAGGCAAUCAAGCUGUGGCUGAGAAUUGAGGAUAUAAAGAAACUGAAGGGGAAGUACAAAGACAACGAAGCUAUAGAGUUUUCUUUUGACCUCAACAAAGAUGUCCCAGAAGAUGUGGCUCAGGAAAUGGUUGAAUCUGGUUAUGUUUGUGAAGGAGACCAUAAGACCAUUGCAAAGGCCAUAAAGGACAGGGUGUCUCUAAUCUCUCGCAAGAGGGCACAGAGGCAGCAGGUCCGAGAAGAUCAGGAGAAGAAACGGCUUGAAGAGGAAGUGCAGAGCCACUCUUUGCCGCCACAACAGCAAAUAAGCCAGCAGUCUGGUCUGGAGGUGUCUCAGUCACAGCCGGUGCCGCAGCCUGCAGCCUACGUUGCACCCCAACCUACCCAGCACAGCACACAGAUUAGCGGCCAACCAGCAUCACAGCAGAGUAUUCAGAACUCAAGCUACAGUACUGCUCAGUCGACUAAUGUUACCGGGAUGUCACAGGGGCUUCCUCAGCCAGUUUAUGUUCCUCAGUCGAGUGGACAAGUCCAAGUUCCCAUACAGGGACAGAGUGUCAGUGGCAUCCAGCCAGAGUCUGAAGAGUCUGAGUCAGACCAACAUCUACAACAGACUGGAGGAGCUCGGGACCUGUCGGACAGAUUACCUGGUUCCUCCGCCCUUCCUGAGGCCCUGCCUCCUCAGCCUAACAUACCCUACACUUCUCCAAAUCAGCAUCUUCAGCCGCAAGCGUCAUGUUCACAGAUGCAAAAUGAUUCGAUGUCAACGGUGCAAGCCAGUCAGCCUGAAGUGGUUCCUAGUACGCCCACCAACUCGUCGGCUUCAGUGACGCCUCCACAGUACGGAGUUUACUACCAACCAUCGCCUCCCCCUCAGCCACAGUUGGAGAGCAGCAGCACACUGGCCCAAACUCCGAGUGGAGCUCAGCAGCCGCAGGGUUCUGUGAGUCUUCCUCUCUCAACACCAGUAGAACAACCUGCGAGUUCUUCUUUAGUGCCGCCAUCUGGCGACAGCUGCCUGUCAGACGCAGCUUCAGGUCUAAGUGACGGUAACGAUGGCGGUUCUACGUCUGGGGGUCGCCAUGAGGGCCGCACCAUGAAGCGUCACCAGAGGCGAUCCGUCCGCAGCCGCUCUCGCCAUGAGAAGACCUCAAAGGCCAAGCUAAAUGUUCUCAGUAUUUCUAAUGUGGGAGAUCGAGUCGCAGAGUGCCAACUGGAAACUCACAACAGGAAGAUGGUUACCUUCAGAUUUGAUCUAGAUGGGGAUAACCCUGAGGAAAUUGCACACAUAAUGGUUGAUAGUGAGUUCAUCUUGGAGAGUGAGCGCGAGUCGUUCAUCGAGCAGGUCCGGGAGGUCAUAGAAAUGGCUGACGAGAAGGGAGAGAGCCUUAAAGAUGGCUUCCCACAGAUGAGCCAUCAACAAAAACCUGAGCUGACUGUUCCCAUGGUACCAGGCAUCUCCCCCAGCACCACCACUCAGGUGGUUCAUUCAACAGGACGGAGGUUCAUAGUGAGCCCGGUCCCAGAGUCGCGUCUGAAAGAUCAGUUCUUUGGAGCUCCAUCUGCUAAUUCAUCUGUCGGAGACGAAUUUUCCUCUGCUCCUUUGGGCCUGUCGCUGUCUGCUCCAUCUGGGGUUCUUCAGCACGCGUUCAAUCAACUCAAACAGGCUCGACUGGACAGAAGCAGCACCCUCGACUCGGCUCCAACCGAUAAAGAGCCGGCCCCUGCUCCGUCCUUCGAUGUCGCUAACCAAACCCAGUCCCCUCCUGAAGCUGCGGCUCCCACCGCCACCAUUCCUGUCACGUCAGCGUCUUCACCUCCUCACUCAACAGGAAGAGUGUCGCCGUUGCCAACACCCGUUCCAUCCCAGACUGUGAACAACGACUCGAGUCCAUCGCCGCAGUCUUCCCAUGAAACGGCUCACUCACAGCAUCCGCCGUCGACCAGCAUCCCGACUUCGUCCUCGACCGUUUCUCCUCCAUCCACCCAGACGUCCAUACCUGCGGUACCCGGGUCACAGCCAGGCAAUAUGGCAGCCGGCGGUCCAUCCGCCCCAGUUUCAGAGCGGCAGGCCUUUAAUAGUGCCGUUACAGCCAUCCAUUCUCAGCACCCGACUGCCACGACGGUACCCGGCCAGAACCAGGCCCAGCCACACACAACGGAGCCUGAGGGAGCCGAGGUCCAGUCUAAGACGGUCGGCAGGGAUGACAUCCUAACCCUCGAUAUGAAGCUCCGUUCGCUCUUCAAGGACCAGCUCUCUGCCUCCUCGGUGUCGGUGGAUCACGGUUCAGGCACAGGGACUUCCUCUCCUCCCACCGGAACUUCCUCUCCUCCUCCUGGAGCCGCCCUGGUUCCUCCGUCGAACCUUCCCCUCACUUCAGGCACACAAAGUGUUCAGGGCUCGACCACACCAGGGGGGUCGGCUCAGCCCCCUCCAUCAAAGCUCCGGGCUCAGACUUUACCUACUGAUCUUGAGCAAGCUGCUACACCUCCAUCUGAACCUGUACACCCGUUUCCUGGACCAAACCAGUCACUGCAAGGGAAUUUAGAUACUCAGAUAAUGAGAGCUCCAAGUCCUGAAAAUGCUCAGGGAGGCGACGACGUCCAGCCUCCAGAGAGAGGUUUCACUCUGGGACGCUUUAAAGUCUCUGUCGCAGCCGACGAUGCUCCGGAUCCGUCCACCAUUGUGUCUUCUUCAUCCCUCACACCAUCCUCUAUUUCCUCGUCGUCCUCAUCCUCGUCAUCCUCGGCACCUUCAAGCCCAGAUAACACACUCCACCAAUCGUCCCCUCUGCCUAAAGGGCCCAGUGAAGCCGACGGAGCCUCAACGAUCUCUAAUGACUCUGCCAUUCAGAGCACCAACGUUGGACGCUUCCAGGUGACCAAAAGCAGCGAAGCCUCGUCUGAAACAAGUGCUGCCUCUAAAGUGGGACGAUUUUUAGUCACAGUGACGCCAGCUCCAGUAGCAAACUCCAGCUCACAACAUGGCAGCGGUUUGCCGAACGGACCGUCGUCCUCGACCUCUGACCCUCCAAACCCACAACUCCAUGAAACCAGUGAGGGGGACUCUGAAACGGAGGAUGAAGCCCUUCAGAAAGAGAUCAGUCGCCUCAGAGAAAAACACAUGAAGGAGAUUCAGCUCCUCCAGAGUCGUCAGAAAGAGGAAAUAGAGGCACUGUACUCCAAAAUGGGGAAAUCUCCGCCUCCGUCUGUCGUCUCCCCUGCUGUGGCUCUGGGCGGAGGUCGGCGAAGACGCAAAAGUCACAGAUCUCGCAGCAGCGGACAGCCCAGUCCCAGUCAUUCAGGUCAGAGUCAUGGGUCAGAGUCGCCUCUGAAGCAGAGUUUACCGUCUGCAACGGCAGCUGCAGACGGAGCCGUUAGCUCAUCUGUACAACCACUCACAUCGUCUCCAUCGCUGCCAAGCCUCAGUAGUCCUUCCACUGGAUCAAGUGGAACCAGCUCCUCCAAUGGGUCGAGCCUCGGCCAGAACAACUCUAACUCUCUGUCCCAAAUGGGUGGAGCGGCUCCGUCCGCAUCUCAGACCCAGAAGACCAAGAGCACCUUUUCUGAUGACAUGCACCAGCUGGUGGAUAACUUUGCCAGAGACGCCAAGAAAGGGCCUAAGACCGGAUCCUCGGCAACUCUGGGACUGGAUAUCAUCCCUCCAGCGAAUAUGGGCCGUAAAUUUUCAGCGCCUGGACAGCUGGGUCCGACCCAUCACGCAACCUCCAACUGCACAACCACCACCAGCACCCACCUGCCCAACCCGGCCAAUCCCGCGGCCCCUCUGGGGCAGAGGAAAGGCUCCCUGGGUCCAGUCAACCAGGGUUUCGGCUAUGCUUCAGCCUCCUACAGUGCUUCUGCGUGGGCCGGACCCGCAGGCAGCUGCCAGGUCGGCAUGCAUACCCCCCCUCAGCCACUAAAGCAGUACCAGCCCCCCACUACAGUCUCAGUGUCCAUGCACCCGGGCUACCACAUGGGAACAGGUCAGACCAGCCAGGCCACGGUCAGCCACGCAGGGACCAGUCCAAGGCCUACGUAGCCCAAUCCAGGCCCUGCUCCAAGCUGAGACAAAGGGCCGUACAGAGCAGAGAGGUCAGAGGUCAGGCAGUCAUUGACCAAAGAACCACAGCCUCUCUUUGUAUUUUGCUGGUUAGCUGGCUUUGUAUUGUGCUUUUUUUUGUUUGUUUAUUUUAUUUCAUCUUUUUAACAUUGUGUAUUAUUUCUGUUGAAGAGUUGACCGGUGUGGUUCGAGUCCUCUCAGGUAGAUUUCAGUCUGUCUGACAACUGGUGGGAGAGUGCAAUACACCUCCACAGCACAAAGCGCGUCAUUCUUAGCCUUCCGGUAGCUGUGGAAGCAAGCUGUGACGGGUCAGGCGGCGGUGUCCGCAGAAGCACCGCACACCGAAGGCGUAACCAAAAGCAGCCACAGGUGUCUUGAAAGCAAGAUGCUGCAACAUCGUCAUUCCUUUAGGAGGGACUGGGACGCUCAUCCUUAUUGAUCUGGACUUUAGAACGAGCUGGGGACUGAAGACGGUGGAGCCGGUCCACACAGUGGUGGGAAGUGGAGUCGUUUGGCAAGUCGGGGAGGAGAGUGUGAGUGUACAGAAAGUGUGAAAUAAGAAGUGAAGUGACUCUGUAAGGUUAGAGGAAGGACUUGGUAAGUCAGGGAGGAGAAGUGAUAGGGCUGCAGUAUGGAUAGAUCCCAGAGACUACUGAGUAAAAUGCAAUAAUGGUGAAGUAGAUACAGUCCCUUAUAACUGUGGCCUUAAUCCCCAAACACAUCUAAACAUUGACCUUGUACAUAGAGAUCAGUCCAUUGGAUUCUGAUUCUAUAUUUGACAUAUUCCCGUCUCUGUGAGAGUUUUGUGGUUUGAGUUUUCGAUCAUCCAGAUUCACCUGUGAGAACAUCGUCUUGGUGUUGAUCACCACUAGUUUAACUGACAAGGCGGCGCUGCAGGAGUUAACCCCACCCAAACAUCAAAUCACUUUUUUGACUUCAGCCAAGUUAUGAAUUGCUGAUAACACGCAUAUCGCGUCCAAAUUAACAUUAUUGGGAUAGUAUUUAAAGAAGUUUUUUGUUGUGUGGACAGGCGGUGCAAAGUACACAAAUACAUGGGUUUACUGCAAAGUCGUGUCCCACAAGAUAUGUGUACCCAUAACAUUUAACUGUGACCUCUCACAUCCCAAAGUGUCUGGGUUUUUUUUUUUUUUUUCUUUUUGCUUGUUUUCUGUGAUCUGUUUUUGUAAGUGUAUAUUUAAUACAACAGACAAACGUUCUUUAUGGACCUGUAUUCAGCCAUCAGAUUUUGAUGUUGUUUCACUGUAAUUAUUAUUAAAAGGUUGUUAAACAACAUGUAAAGAAAUAUUAAAAAGUGCAAUUGCAGGGUGGUUGCAGUUAAUAUCGUUCUCACCGUGCAGGAGUGAACCUGCUGUUUUAUUAAGCUCUUCUAUGACUGCCCUGCGCCCAUUUUCUAUUUUUUGUUGUCGUUUUUGUAAAUAUGCUCCAGUGAGGCUU